CGGAGCUCGAAACCCAGCAGCCCCAGAGGAAGAUGAACAGCCCCAGAUCAGAGGCGCAGGCCCUGUGGACCCCGAGCCACCCCCAGGACUCCAGGAGUGGCCCCAGCGGCAGCCGCCCACUCCGGUAGCCAUUGGUACUGCCCGCGGCUCCGGAGGGCAGCGGCCAGAGACAGGGUCCGAGCUCCGUGCCACCUGCGCCCCUGGCCGCUCACCUGAACGCUGUCCUCCCGCGGACUGGACCUGCGGGGCUUUACAAAACUGGGACUGACCUUUAAAGAAAGAAGAAAUAAAACUGAACCAGAAAUUGAAAACUCCUCGAUACUGACCCACCAGUUGCCCGGCUGGCUCUCCACGCUUUUCAAAGCCGGCCACUCAGACCCCAGUUCCGGAAAAGUGGACGCUAACCGCGACCGGGUUCUGAGAAGUCGGAGAGAGCGGGUCUAAGCUGAAGCAGGUUGCAGGAGGGUCUAGGACAUCUAAGGACCUGGGGACUCCCGGCGCCGCCACCGCUCAGGCCUUUCCAGACCCAGUCUCACACUCCAAGGCUGCUCAGUGCAGGACAUCAGCAUGUCCACUCCCGUGGCCAACGUGUCCGGCUCUUCGAUGGCCGAGCGGCUGAACAACCCGGUCACCAUUCCGGCGGUGAUGUUCAUCUUCGGGGUGGUGGGCAACCUGGUGGCCAUCGUGGUGCUGUGCAAGUCUCGAAAGGAGCAGAAGGAGACUACUUUCUACACGCUGGUGUGCGGUCUGGCUGUCACCGACCUGCUGGGCACGUUGCUGGUGAGCCCUGUGACCAUCGCCACCUACAUGAAGGGCCAGUGGCCCGGGGGCCAGGCGCUGUGUGACUACAGCACCUUCAUCCUGCUUUUCUUCGGACUGUCUGGCCUCAGCAUCAUCUGUGCCAUGAGCAUCGAGCGCUACCUGGCCAUCAACCACGCCUACUUCUACAGCCACUACGUGGACAAGCGGCUGGCCGGCCUCACGCUUUUCGCGGUCUAUGCGUCCAACGUGCUCUUUUGCGCUCUGCCCAACAUGGGCAUGGGCAGCUCGCGGUUGCAGUUCCCAGACACCUGGUGCUUUAUCGACUGGCGCACCAACGUGACAGCCCACGCUGCCUUUUCCUACAUGUACGCGGGCUUCAGCUCCUUCCUCAUCCUCGCCACGGUGCUCUGCAACGUGCUGGUGUGCGGCGCGCUGCUCCGCAUGCACCGCCAGUUCAUGCGCCGCACCUCCUUGGGCACGGAGCAGCACAGCGCCGCGGCCGCCGCCGUGGCCUCGGCCGCCUGCCGGGGCCACCCCUCCGCCUCCCCAGCUGUGCCGCGCCUCAGCGACUUUCGCCGCCGCAGGAGCUUCCGCCGCAUCGCCGGCGCAGAGAUCCAGAUGGUCAUCUUGCUCAUUGCCACUUCCCUGGUGGUGCUCAUCUGCUCCAUCCCGCUCGUGGUGCGAGUGUUCAUCAACCAGCUAUAUCAGCCAGAAUUGGUGCGAGAAAUCAGCCAGAACCCCGAUCUGCAGGCCAUCCGAAUUGCCUCUGUGAACCCCAUCCUGGAUCCCUGGAUAUACAUCCUCCUGCGGAAGACAGUGCUGAGCAAAGCCAUAGAGAAGAUCAAAUGCCUCUUCUGCCGCAUUGGUGGCUCCCGCAGGGACCAUUCAGGACCGCACUGCACAGACAGCCGAAGGACAUCUUCUGCCAUGUCCAGUCACUCUCGCUCCUUCCUCUCCAGAGAGUUGAAGGAGAUCAGCAGCACAUCCCAGACCCUCCUCUACCUGCCAGAGCUCAGCGAAAGCAGCCUUGGAGGCAGGAAUUUGCUUCCAGGUGUGCCUGGGGUGGGCCUGGCCCAAGCAGACACCACCUCCCUGAGGACUUUGCGAAUAUCAGAGACCUCGGAGUCCUCACAGGGUCAGGACUCAGAGAGUGUCUUACUGGUGGAUGAAGUUGGUGGGGGUAACAGGGCUGGGCCUGCCCCUAAGGGGAACUCCUUACAAGUCACAUUUCCCAGUGAAACACUGAACUUAUCAGAAAAAUGUAUAUAGCAAUGAAAGAAAUGCAGCACUAUUUCUGGGACCUUAAGAAAAAAAAAAAUCUGUGCAAUAGACACAUAAAGGAAGCAUUUAACUGUGCUCGGCAGAACUCUCAUCCUGUGGCUGGAGAACACCCUGGCUCCUGAGCACUUUCCAGCAACUUGGUAUCAGCACACGUCCCAAAGCCUACAGCACAUUGGAUUGUGGUCACAAGUUGAUGGCUAGGGGGACCAACUCUCCCAUUUCCAAGCAGACCAGGAAGGUGGAAGGGUUGAUGAAGAGUUUUUUAUCUGGAGCACAGGAGAGGCCCAGAUACUAAAAGGGCUCUGUCUCGGGUAACCAUGAAGACUACUUGAUGGGUGACUGAAGUGUCUCACUAAGCAUGAAAUGUGAAUUUUUAUUGUUGUAAAUAUGACGUAAGGUAUUUAAAGUAUGUUCUUCUCUGUGAGAAGGUUUAUUGUUAAUACAAGGUAUAAUAAAAUUACAGUAACCCCUCUCCUUCUGAUUUGACCAGCUGAAGUUUCAAAUGUUAAUUUUUUUUUUUUUCAAAACCAAACUCAGGCUGAGGUAUUGUAACAUUCACAGUGAAACCAAUAUCUAUAAAAACAAUUAGAAAUGUUUUGAAAGAAAGAGUUUAAUAAUAGCAAAGGAAAAAUACUAUUUAAGAUGUUGAAGUGACAACCCAAAAUAAAGUUCUCUUCAGGCUGGCUAUAAUAGAGUUAAAAAAAAAUGUAGUGGUGUUACAUGUAUUUAUUCAGAAAACUGUGACUUUAAGAGAACCCAGCACUUGGUAAAUAACUUCAACUCCUUCCCCUAGUAAUUUGUACUUUUAAAAAUGUAACAUAAAUUUCCAAAAAUUUUAGUGACUCUUCAUUGGAGUAUAUUAAGUAAAAACUAAAGGUCGCAGCAGCUUGAUUUCCCCCCCAAAAGUGUGCAUGGUUUUAUUUUCCUAAGAAAUGACCCAGAACGUUCCUUAAGAAGGCAAGUUGCAACCUAAAGGCCUUUGCAAUGGGGAAGGAUAUGAAACGUGGCUAAAUUAGCCUUUCACAGAUGUCGGAAAUGCUCAGCAAUAUGAGUGGGAAUGCAGAACCUAGGCCCUCAAGCGUCGCCUUCUAACAGUUUUGUGGAACUCCCGCUGUGUUAUGCAUGUUGUUGAAGGACAUUUCUCAAAGAAAUAUUAAGCAUGUUUUAUUGCUCAAGGUGUUUUUGUGAACUGCUUGGUUGUCAUUAAAUUCUGAGCCUGAUACUGAUAUGGUUUUAAGCAGCAGUUGUGCCAACUGAAAUUAUUUUAGAGAUUAUAAUAAAUAGUUUCAAUCUGA